UGGCAAGUCUGUUGUGGGACACCUUAUCCGUUGCGUGGAAGCUAUCUACACAAUUAUCCUCGUUGUUGCGGAACUACCAGUUUUCAUCUGACUCCUUUUGAUCCAUUGAGUGGAAUUCGGCAUUUUCGGUCAAUGGUCGAUGGCUGUCGUUUGUUUCCUGUUUUGGACCGAGCUCUCUCUGUCCGUGCGUCUCGGUUUAUUCCUGUGUUUGAUUUUAGGCAGGUCACCAACUUCUGUUGCUGGGAUUCUCGAUCUCUUGUUUUUAUACCCUUGGCGUAGCAUUUUCCGGUGCGAAUGUAAUUCCGAAUCGCAAGCUCCAAUCGGCGCUCAUCAAAUUAGGUGCCUCGUGUCAGCUAUCUUGUUCGGCUGCGCGCUACCCAUGUUGUACGAGCGCAGCAUCGGGACACCCAAGGCGUGUAGGCUAUUGGGGGAAGCUACCUAACUAGCCCAUUUCUACCCGGCGGUAUUGCGUCGAAUCCUUGAUCCCCUCAUCUUCCGGGUUUGUUGCUCUUGGUCGACAACCCUCAGCUCGAGUGCAUGGCUGCUUGCUGGCCCUGCCGCUUAUUUCCUUUUGGAAUGCCGUGGUGCCCUGUAAUGUUUGGGCUGCUGCUUGAAACAAACGAUCAUCAUUUCGCACUGCGUUUUAGGCUUUGAUCGUCGUCAUAACUUUUGGCACACCGGAACCGGCUGUCACGAUCGCAACAAUUUAAUGAGGGGAUUGACUUUCACGAAGGGCUUUCCAAGCCCCUGUCCCAAGCCCUCGCGGAUGAGACGCUGGAGACGGUACAGAUGAUCAUGAUCCUGGAAUGGGUC